UUGUAUGUUUGAAAUAAGCUCCUCUGCCAGCAGGGGGCGCUGCUGAUCAGGUCGACUUCAUCCUUUGUUUCUUCAGACUCAACAAAUAAAGACAGAUUCACUUUAGACCAUCAGUCAGAGACAGAGACUCUGUCCCUCUGAUUCAACCAGGAACUAACAUGAGGACGACUAGGGGACGUCCUGAGAGAUGUUUGUGGGACAUCCUGGACUCUUUUGUGUAAAAAUGUUCAUAUUUUGCUUUGACUCUGGUUGGAGAUGUGAGGACAGACGUGUCCCAGAGACGUCCUCUUCCUCCUCCUUCUUCUUCUUCUGUUUCAUUUCCAGUAGAUUUGAUGAACCUCUUCUUUGGUGAUUGACAGCCUGAACAACUGUAAAGGGACAGUCUGUCCUCCGUUAGCCUAGUUUAGCACGGAGGACAGACAAACAAACACUUCCUGGAGACAAGAGCUGCUCUCUGAUUGGCCAGUUCCUUUUUUAAACCUCUGGAUCUGAACUGCCUGUUAAUAAAAUUCGUUUCUUCACAGGAAGUUGAAACGGAUGGAGGUGAAGACGCUGCUGCUCGUCUCUCUGGGUGCCGUCCUUGGUGUCAGGACGAUGGCUGGCGGCCAUCUUGGCCGUUCGAUGCCCGGCGCCCCGAUCAACGUCAGCAGAGACGACCAUGACCUCCAGCAGGUCGUCCUCGCCGCCGCCUACUCCUUCAACAACCAAUCAAACGACGCCUUCCUCUUCAAAGCCUCGGCCGUCCUCAGAGCCCAGCGGCAGGUCGUCCGAGGCCUGCGUUACAUCGUGGACCUGGACAUCUCCAGGACCGUGUGUCCCAAACGACAGGACAACCAGGACCUGUCCAGAUGUCUCUUCCAGCCUCCAGGUCGUCUUCAGCAGACGUUUCAGUGUCACACCGAGGUCUGGCUGAUCCCCUGGCAGACCCAGAUCCGGACCCUGGUGCUGGUCUGUAAACCCUGAGGUUGCAGCAGGACGUCCAGCUCCAUCUUCUCUCUAUAUAUUUUAUAUUAUAUGUGUAAUAUAUUUCUUAUUCUCACUUGAUCUGAGCAGCAGCAUCAGAAAUAAAUUCUCACAGAUUUCA